CGUUCUUCUACCAAUUCCCCCAAUUCCUUCUUUCCUCAAGAACAAAGAGAAAAAAAAAACCCCUUUUCACAUUUCGUAUUUUCAAGCUUCGCCAGAAAUUGUAAUGGCUGGUCGUGGCAAGACGCUCGGAUCUGGUGCGGCGAAGAAAGCUCAAUCGAGAAGCAGCAAAGCGGGGCUCCAAUUUCCCGUCGGCCGUAUCGCCCGUUUUCUGAAGGCCGGGAAAUACGCCGAGCGUGUCGGCGCCGGAGCUCCUGUGUACCUCGCCGCUGUCCUCGAAUAUCUCGCCGCUGAGGUACUGGAAUUGGCAGGUAAUGCAGCCAGAGAUAACAAGAAGACGAGGAUUGUGCCUAGGCACAUCCAAUUGGCUGUCCGAAAUGACGAAGAACUGAGCAAGCUUCUAGGAGAUGUAACAAUUGCCAAUGGUGGAGUGAUGCCCAACAUUCACAACCUUCUUCUUCCCAAGAAGGCUGGUGGUUCCUCAAAGCCCUCUGCAGAUGAUGAUUAAACCGCUUUGAAAAAUAUCUUCUCAUAUUUUUUUUUUUGGAACAAGAAGUUGCAGCAGCAGUAGUAGUUUCUUGAUUGCUAGUUUUAUGAUUAGGGUUUUGGUGUUUAAUUUCUCAUUGUGUUCUUCCCAGUUCAAUUUUAUUCCUAUUUUUUUGAUGUUUUAGUUUAGUUUGUGGUAGGUCGAUUGUUUCUGUUAGAUUUGGUACAUAGAUUGAGAAGCCCUGUUUCUUGUUUUAAAAUGGAUAUUGAAUGAAUGAAUCAAAGAAGUGAAGUUUGUCUUGUACUU